CCAACCCCCAUGUCAAAUGCCCACAAUAUAAAACAACUACUACUUGAGCUUCUCUCUCUAUAUACCAACUAAGUUAUUCAUUCUUCCCAAUCCCAUUUCUCUUCAUUCUUUUCUUAUGGCCUCUAGAAGAAAUCUGAAGAGGAAAUCACCUGAAGAAGAUGGAGGAAAUUUUGUUUUUCCACUUGAUGAGCUUAAUCAAGAUCUUCUUGAGAAGGUUCUUUCAUGGCUACCAACUUCCACUUUUCUCCGCUUAACCUCAGUUAGCAAAAGGUGGAAAUCAGCUGCUACUUCCUCUACUUUCCACAUAGCUUGCUCUCAAAUAACAUCCAGAGACCCUUGGUUUUAUAUGGUUGAUUCUUCUUCACUAUCAUCUUCUUUUGUGUACGAUUCUUCUGAAAUGAAUUGGAAGAAAUUACUCACUUACCCAUCUAAUUUUCUUGAAAAACAUCAGCAAAAUGAUUCAAAUUUCCUCCCUGUUGCUGCUUCUGGUGGACUUCUCUGUUUCCACAAUAGUGAAAAGCAUGAAUUCCUCAUUUUCAACCCCGUUAAUUCCUCUUGUCGCAAGCUCUCUUCAGUGGAUUAUUGCAAUACCCUUUGUGCUAUAGGAAUGAUUUCCACUCAAGAAUCAUAUAAACUUUACUUGGUUUUUGGAGAAAGUCCAAAUCUUUCUUUCAGAGUAUACAAUUCCACGACAAAUCUCUGGGAAGAAUCUGCAGUUCUGAGUAGAAAAUCUUUGAGCUGCCCUGCAGCUGAAUCCUACAGUACUGAUGAAGAAGAAGACGACGAUGGUCGAAUGCUGUAUUUCUUGGGUAAAUGUGGCAAUGUAGUAGCAACUGAAAUACAAAAAACCCCAUGUAAACAGUACUCCUCAAUAAUCACCAAGAAUGGUUGUACUGGCCAAGAAAUUCUGUAUUUCUUGAACUCCAAUGGCAAAGUUGUGGUUUGCAAUUUUGCUGGAAAGUACUUUUUUGAGUACCCAAGAUUACUCCCUCUUAGUCAUGAGUAUUCUAUUGACUUUGUUGAAUGUGGUGGAGAGUUGCUUGUGGUUGUGCUCUCUGAAUUCUUGGAAACUGCAAGUCUGAGAGUGUGGAAAUUUGAUGAGAAGAGUUGGAUUUGGAAUCAGGUUUUGGCAAUGCCGGCUGCAAUUUCACAUGAAUUUUAUGGCAAAAAAGUGGAUAUCAACUGCACUGGAGGAGAUAGUGAACAGAUAUUUGUGUGCAUUUCUAAUGCUGUUGAUGAGAGUUGUAGGUAUUACUUGUGCAAUUUGGUUGGAAAUGAAUGGACUGAAUUGCCUGCGUGUAGUGUUGAUGGCUAUAACAGGAAAUUCAGUUGUGCUUUCACUUUUCAGCCUAGGAUUGAAGCUUCUGUGUGAGAGAAUAGAAAUGAUACGAUUGGACAGGGAGGAGGAAAAUGUAGUAGAAUUGGGAUUCUUCAUUCUUUUUUUCCCUAGUUUGUUUCACUUUUCACUUUAUUCUUUUAGGACAUUUUUCUUGUCACUUGGAAUAAUUUAUUACAGUUGCACGGUGAUAUUUUUCUGCAUUUUAAAUGAAUUGAUGUUGUUGCUGAAAAUUUCUUAUUCGAAACAGAUCUUUGUCUUCCAA